AUGGCGUCUAUUCUUUCGAAUUCUUUUGUUUAUCUGAGGGAGAUUAAUCCGGCUCUAGAUCAAUACAAGAUUAAAGUACGUGUGGUUAGGCUUUGGAGAUUGUUUAAAUCUAUAGAGAUGGUUCUGGUGGAUGGAGAGGGAACGAGAGUUCAUGCGUCCAUCGAAGAGGGAUUGGGUAAGAGGUUUCAGCACCAGUUUGUUAGUGGUGAAAGCAGAAUUAUCGAUACUUUCAGUUUUGUUUAUUAUGACGAUGUCCUUGGACAAAUCGUUGAUGUGGGAAGUCUCGAUAGCAUUAAAGCGAAAGGCAAAGAUACCGUUAAGUUAUCGGCUGGAAGUGAGGAUUUGAUCCAUGUAGACAGUGAAAAUAAAACAAGCCACUCUGCGGUUACUCUAUACGAGGAGUUCUUUCAACUGAAUGAAAAGAAAACUGUCGAAGAUAUUGUGUAUGCAUGUGAUGUGUCCACGUGUGUCACUAUAGCCAGAGUCUGUUUCAUCGAGACUAUGCCUAAAUGGUACUAUAUUGCAUGUAAAGCUCAUGGCGAUGCUGGUCCUAUCUGUAGUUGUGGUGUAUGUGAUGCUGACGCUACUGAUCUCAUUCUACGUGCUUCUUAUGGUGCUUCGCCUGAGGUUAAAUUACUCUUCUUUGAUGGAUUGGCUCAAUGUCUUAUUGGUAAAACGGCUGCUGAGUUUUUUGCAGAAGUUCCAAAGGAGUCGGACCCUUCUAUUUUACCCGAGGUUCUUGCUGAUUUAAUGGGGAAAACCAUGUUAUUCAAGUUAUCCAUUGGUACCGAUAAUUUGAAGAGUACGAAGGCUGCGUAUGUUGUCGAGAAAUUUUGGGAAAAAACGGAUAUGGUUGAAAAAUUCGCAAAGGAGUUGACUGUUGUGAGUGAUUCUGCAUGUGAUAUCAUCAAUCCGAAAAUUGAGAUGAUUGAGUCCUCGGUUGUGGAUGACAGUCCUUCUACGGAUAAAAGGAUCUUUGAUGACGUGAAAUCGAAACCGGUAACAGGAAAGAAGAUGGUUACAAGAAAGAAGGCCAAAGUCGAGAAACUUACUUAA